AUGAAGGUGCUCCUUGCAUCUGGCCUCGCUGUCCUCCUCAUCACGGCUUUGAAGUUUUCCACUGCAACCCCCUCCCUAUUUGCAGCCACCCCCAGGACCUCAAGGAACAACUACCACCUCGCACAGGCAUACCUCGACAAGUAUUACACGGUUAAAGGAGGCCACCAGAUUGGUGAGAUGGUUGCACGAGGAAGCAAUUCCAUGGUGAAGAAGAUUAAGGAGCUGCAAGUGUUCUUCGGCCUCCCGGUCACCGGGAAGUUAGACAAAUCCACGAUGGAUGUGAUCAAGAGGCCUCGCUGUGGAGUUCCUGAUGUGGCAAACUACCGCCUCUUCCCAGGUGAACCCAAAUGGAAAAAAAAUACUUUGACCUACAGAAUAUCCAAAUACACAACUUCCAUGACUCCUGCCGAUGUGAACAAAGCAGUAGAGAUGGCCCUACAGGCCUGGAGCAGUGCUGUGCCCCUCAACUUUGUUAGGGUAGACUCGGGAGAAGCCGAUAUUAUGAUAUCUUUUGAAACUGGAGAUCACGGGGAUUCCUAUCCAUUCGAUGGGCCUCGAGGGACUCUAGCCCAUGCAUUUGCCCCUGGAGAAGGCCUGGGAGGAGAUACACAUUUCGACAAUGCUGAGAAGUGGACUAUGGGAACGAAUGGUUUCAAUUUAUUCACUGUUGCUGCUCACGAAUUUGGCCAUGCACUGGGCCUGGCCCAUUCCACAGACCCAUCAGCACUGAUGUACCCAACUUAUAAGUACCAGAAUCCUUAUGGAUUCCAUCUCCCCAAGGAUGAUGUGAAAGGGAUCCAGGCAUUGUAUGGACCUCGGAGAGCAUUCCUGGGAAAGCCCACCAUGCCCCACGCCCCACCUCGUAAUCCAUCCAUCCCUGACCUCUGUGACUCCGGCUCAUCCUUUGAUGCUGUGACAAUGCUGGGAAAGGAGCUCCUGUUCUUCAGGGACCGGAUUUUCUGGCGUCGGCAGAUUCACUUGGCGGCAGGGAUCCGGCCCAGCAUGAUUACCAGCUCCUUCCCCCAGCUUAUGUCUAACGUGGAUGCAGCUUACGAAGUGGCUGACAGGGGCACUGCUUACUUCUUUAAAGGCCCCCACUACUGGAUAACACGAGGAUUUCAAAUACAAGGUCCUCCUCGGACUAUUUAUGACUUUGGGUUCCCAAGGUAUGUGCAACGAAUAGAUGCUGCUGUCCAUCUCAAGGAUGCACAGAAGACUCUUUUCUUUGUGGGAGAUGAAUACUACAGCUAUGAUGAACGAAAAAGGAAAAUGGAAAAAGACUAUCCAAAGAGUACUGAAGAGGAAUUUUCAGGAGUUAAUGGCCAAAUAGAUGCUGCUGUGGAAUUGAACGGCUACAUUUACUUCUUUUCAGGACCAAAAGCAUACAAGUAUGAUACAGAGAAGGAAGAUGUGGUUAGCGUGCUGAAAUCUAGUUCCUGGAUUGGUUGCUAAACAGAGAAGUCUAGUCUUUCCUAAGGAAUGAAGAUGUCUGCAAGCAGCUGGUAAUUGGAUCUUAAGGACUCAGGCAGAAUGCAGGAUAGGGAUUCUUCCCAUGGCCUUCAAGUUUAAGGACAAUUUAGAGUUCACUGAAAAUAAUUAUGCUUCUAAAUUUUUUCACAGUUGUGGAUUCAGAAUUUUAAUCCAAACGGGAAAUUCCUAUAUGAUCAA